AUGCUGCUCGGCCUGCUCCUCUCGCUCUCGUCGGGCCUCGCUCUCACGCCGCGGCUCGCUCUGCGAGCGGCACGGCCUCCACGUUGCGCGCCUCCGGCGCUCGUCUCCGAACGGCACAACCAGGCCUACAAGGAGACGAUCAAGCUCUUUGAGCCGCUUGCGCCUGAUGCGCCGCUCCGCCGCGUGCCCCUGGCCUCGCACGUGCCGCACCCGGACGGCGACUGCCUCAUCCACACCACCACCGAGCCGCUCCUCAGCGCGGCCGAGUGCGCUGCGAUCGUGGCAGAGUCGGAGGAGUGGGCGGCGCGCGAGGGCGGCUGGACGUCGAGGCGGCACUUUAACCACCCGACAAUUGACAUCCCUCUCUCCGAGCUGCCCGCGACGCGCUGGUUCCUCAACACCGACGCGCUGCCCAAGCGGAUCUACCCGAUGCUCGGCGCCGCUUUCGAGGAGAGUUUGCCAAACUGGCGCGCGCUGCGGGUGGCGGACGCGUUCAUAGUGAAAUAUGACGCGGCGGGAGGGCAGACGCACCUGAAGCCGCACCGCGACGGCUCGGUCGUCUCCUUCAACAUCGCGCUCAACGAGCGGUGCGAGUACGAGGGCGGCGGCACCUGGUUCGACGGGCUCGGCGAGGCGCUGCCGAUCGAGCGCGGCCACGUGUGCUGCCACGCGAGCGGGGUGCUGCACGGGGGCCACCCGAUCACGAGCGGGGUGAGGUACAUCCUCGUCGCCUUUGUGAUACUCGAGGGCUACCAGAACUGGGCGAUGCGGUUCAUGAAGUCCGUCUGGGACUACUGAGUCUGCUACUGAGUCUGCCCAUUCCCUCGUGCGGUAGCCGCGGUGACCGGUGUUGAGUCUUGUGCGUAUGGGGUGUAAAUAUGCGACAUUUU